AGGAGUUUUUCCCUUCAGCAGGAAGUCCAUAAAAGGAAGUGGGUCGCUCCAACUGGUUCAGGAGAGAGCAGAAUCGUUUUUGACAUUUUUGUGCAUGAAAUGUGAGGCGGAUGGUAUUUCGCAGUCAGAGCGUUUCCACGCUGAGGAGGAGAGAAUCACUGCAAGAACUGUAAUUUUGUUCCAUCUGAGACAAACAUGAAGUCUGUGAUCCAGUGCAUCGUUCUGCUGGCCUGCAUCGCCAUCUGCACCUCACAUCCAUUAAUCAAAUGCCGUUGUAUAAAGACGAUCCCAGCAGUCAGGCACCAUCUCAUCGCUGAUAUAAAGGUGUAUGAACCAAAUUCAUUCUGCAGCAAGCGUGAAGUGAUAGUCGUUCGGAAAGAUAACAAGGUGUUCUGUCUUGACCAGGAGUCAAAUUUCACUAAAAGACUCCUGGAGAUGGUGAAAAGGAAAAUAAACGUGGAAGGCACUCUCUCAAAAACAACAGCUGCAGCAACAACCGCAGCUGCUACCACCCAGAAGGCUUUAAGAUCUCAGCCACCUCAACCUGCAGAGGAGGCAGAUCUCCUCGCCUGGCUGACCUGGGAUCCCACUGCCAACUAGAACGUGAAGCUCCCAGCCCGGAUGAUCAUCCACCGCUCCAGCAUGUCUUCAUCAGCUCAGAUUAUUUCACAACGGCUGGAUUGCUCAAUUCCUCAUGUGUGCCAAAAUGACAAGUCACAGCCUCAGUUUGUUUAGUUGGAAUCUGAUAAAAAAUACUGUUUUUUUCUGAUGUUCCAGGUUUGAGAGAUUUAUAGGAAGAGAUGUAUUAUUUUAACCUUUAUAAUCAACACUUGUCAUCUAAUACAAUCAAUUAGCAAAACAAUGUUAAAGCUUGUUGCUCUUUCUGCACAAUUAAACAUAAAUGUGAAACUUGUGUCUGUCAAGAUUUAACCUCAUUUUUUUUUGUUUUUAAGGCUGAAAUCAUAAUAAAGACAAUUAUCCUCUA